ACUCGACUCGAUCCACGUUCCCAGGACGGGACAGCGCUGAGAGGGAAGGGCCGUUUCUUGUUUGUCAUUGAUGCGUGCGCUCAUUAUCAACCGCGUCUCCACCGCACGCCCCAGACGACCGGGAUUCCUGGCCAGCCAUCGGGUGGGCGCGCCUCUGUUCUAAGCAGCAUCAAUCAAUUCCCAGGAAAUUUCUCAGCCCUCGCACAUCUCCGCCGCGCCCAUAAUACGAAAAGGCUUGGUGGAAGAAGGCGAGGUGCGCGCUCCGACGCUGCCGACUCUCGGCCGUGCCCUUUGGAAAAAGAGAGAGAGAGAAAAAAAAAACACUACGAACAGCCACCUAUCUUCUCCACACACGUACACACAAGCAUCCAUAACCUGUAUCCAUCUCUCGCUUCGCCGGCCCUGGCACUCUCACCGACCUACACCGUCCGUCCUCCUACGUCGACAAUUGUCAUCCACCCGUCCCCAUCUUCACGCCCUCCUCGGCCGGUUGUUGCAUGUAUUGCUGGUCACCGCCUGCGGGUCGACUCCCCGCUCCGCCAAGUCCCGUCUCCACGGGCACGGAUCAUUCAGUCGCCGCGUAGGAGGCCUGUAUUUUCUACCGCCUCGCUGCUGCACGUCUCCACCCGCGUUCCUUCCAUCUUCAACCCUCAGUCCCGUCGGCCUCGCCCUGCCUACCUCCCGACCUCCCCGUCGACCUCGGUAGCUCACUACCGUCGACGACGACAACCGCGGCCGCGACACAGUCCCCGACGGCUACUCCAGCGGCGACCACGCCCUUGCCUCUCCAACUGCCCAUCCGCUGGAGUUUGUUGCUGUCCGCCGGCCGCAGAGACAUGCAUGCAGUGAAGACGCCACCGUCAGACUCGCUCUUAUAGCCUGGCGCCAUGCGGAUAGCAAUCCGGGAGCAGCUCGCGCUGCUGGUGGUCCUGGCAACGCUGGUGGCACUGGCCGUCGUGUCGAUUCCGGUCUGGAUCUACGUUAACGACUUCGUCACCGGGGUCCAGCAGAAUGCCCUGGGCCUGACGGCCUCGCUCAAGGCGGCGCGCAUCGCCGCCGAGAUCGACCUUCUCCAAACCACCUGCCAGACCAUCGCCACCCGAGUCCUAAUCCAAAAGGCCAUAACGAGCUUCUACGACGGAACUAACACCACGGAUCAAUGGGACGCCGCUAACGACGACAUCCAGACGGCGCUGAACCAGCCCGGCUCUCCCGACCUGCUGCAGGCGCGCAUCUACUCGCGCAACUCUAGCGGCACUGCCGAGGGCCUGAUCAGCGUCACCUCCAAGAUGUUCCACAACAUCUCGCUCCCUUUCAAGAACGCUAAUGGCACAAACGCCAUCCUGAGCGACGUCCCCGGGGGCUACCCUGCCGUCCUCUACCCAAACAUCACAUACACAGACACGGGGCAGCCAAGUAACAUCUCACCCGACACCAACGUCUUCUAUGCCAACGCCUUUUCGGACCUUAGGUUGACGAGCGGGCUUUUUCUUGGGCCUCUGAUAGUAAACGAGACCUAUGCCAUUGUGUCGCUCACAGUCCCAGUUAGGGCCAACGGGAACAGCCUCGUUAUAGGUUACAUGACCCUGCUCGCCUCAGCCUCGACACUGCUUCAGAUCCGCAACUCGCCCGAGGGGCUCGGCCGCACCGGAAUGACGUUGAUUAUCGGUCCUCAUUCCCAGUCGAACCGUUUUAACGCGACGGAUCCGCCUAGCAACUCGACCUUUACGGUUCCUAAUAGAACCCGUUUCGUCUCCAGCACCGAGGUUCAGUUCAUACUCCCGCCCCGCGCCGCCAACGGCACAGCCGACCGCCAUUCGAACCAUAACUUUGAGUCUGGCGGCUACGACGAGGCCUUUGCGCUCGCCGACUUUCCAGCAGUCGCCACCAGCCUGACGAGCGUUCAGAAUAAAUCCAUCAACAAUGCCCAGGCGAAUUUGUGGACCACCAACGAGCAAGGCCUGAGCGUGUCCGUCGGUACCGCCCGCCCCAACUCGCCGUUUGUCCAGUGGGUUGUUGUUGUGGAGCAGGAGAGAGGCGAGGCCCUGGCUGCCAUCACGACGCUCAGGAACAUUCUGCUGGGCUGCGUGUUCGGCACGGCCGGGCUCAUGACGCUCAUCAUCUUCCCCUGCGCCCACGUCGGCGUGAGACCCAUCCGGGAUCUCAAGGUGGCCACCGAAAAGUCCAUUGCGCCUCCGGGAUACGACGACGACUACCCUGGCGGCGGCAACAGCGAGACGCCUGGGUCCGGCGUUCUAUCCUCGCUGUCGGAAAAGGGCUGGGUGGGGGCAAUACUGCGCAAGACCAGAGCAAGGAGGAAUCGUCAGCGGAACCAGGACCAGGACGGGAGCUCGUCUCAGCGGCGUGUCUUCAAGAUUCCCGGCAAGGUCACAGACCGCAAGCACUACAUCACAGACGAACUGACGGAGCUGACGGAAACGUUCAACGAGAUGACGGACGAAUUGUAUAAGCAGUAUACGUCGCUCGACGACAAGGUGGCCGAGAGGACCAGGGAGCUCGAGAUCAGCAAGAAGGCUGCCGAGGCCGCCAAUGAGAGUAAAACACUCUUCAUAGCGAACAUAUCGCACGAGCUCAAGACGCCCCUCAACGGCAUCAUGGGAAUGUGCGCUGUCUGUAUGGAAGAAACGGACGUCUCUCGGAUCAAGCAAUCACUUAAGACGUUAUAUAAGUCUGGCGAUUUGCUACUCCAUCUGCUCGAGGAUCUCUUGAGUUUCUCCAAAAACCAAAUUGGCCACCGGAUAGGGUUAGAGGAGAAAGAAUUUCGUCUAGGAGACAUACGUCAACAGCUCCUCGCGAUUUUCGAUAAGCAGGUGCGCGAGAGUGGGACGCAUUUCACCGUCGAAUUCACCGGUGGGGACGCUCUGGAGGGGACGGGCCCCGAGCGCCGCAGUAUGGAGACGAGACUUCCGGCCCUGGGCCCCAUGGGCACUGGCCGGCUCAAGGACAUGUGCCUCUGGGGCGACCAGCAACGGAUCCUGCAGGUCAUCAUCAACCUGGUUAGCAACAGCUUGAAGUUUACGCCUGCGGGCGGAAAGGUGGACCUGAGGAUCAGGUGCUUGGAGGAGAUCGACAACGCCAACGACGACACUAGUAGGACAUCGUCCUUUUCCCGGUCGGGCUCCGCCCGCGCCGGCCGGACGCGACAUAGGAUGGGCUCCUCGUCGGCACAUUCGACAAGCUCCAAGACGGCCGUCGCGCCGCCCACGUCGCAGCAGGGCACCGCCCUGGCCAUCAACCCGAUGGAGCCUAAAGGGCACAGCGGGCCGAUGGUGCAAGUUAGGGAGCGAUCGCCAACGCCGCCGCCGCCCAACGCCAAGUCGUUCCUGUUCGAGUUCGAGGUCGAGGAUUCGGGCCCGGGCAUUCCGGAACACCUGCGGGUGCGCGUGUUUGAGCCCUUCGUCCAGGGAGAUCUGGGUUUGAGCAAGAAGUUUGGCGGCACUGGUCUCGGCCUUAGUAUCUGCCAACAGCUCGCCACACUGAUGGGCGGCAACAUAACUCUGCGAAGUACCAUGGGUGUGGGCUCGGUGUUCACAAUGCGGAUUCCGCUCCGAUACGUCAAAGACAGGGCGUCUAGCACCGCAUCUAGUAGCAUCAAGUCGAGACCACCCAGCGUCGGCUCUGUAGACCUGGAUACUUCCAGACAGGCCCACACAAAGCCAACCACGGAUGGGAAGCACGCAUCUGUGCUGGAUAACAAGCCGCGUCUGGUUGGGCUUAGUCACCCCUUCUUCUCGCCGACACAGGGCCGGACGCCGAGCAAGGAGGAACAGGCGGCGGAACUUGAUCGUAAGAUCGCCAAGGCCGUGGCAGAAAAGGGCAGCAACCUGCGAGUACUUGUUGCCGACGACAACUCGACCAACAUCGAGGUCGUGAGCAAGAUGCUCAGGCUCGAGCACGUGUCGGACGUAACGGUCGCGACGGAUGGGCAGGAGGCGCUCGAGGUGGUCAAGUCCAACAUGGAGAAGAACCUCUUCUUUGACUUGAUCUUUAUGGAUAUUCAGAUGCCCAACCUGGACGGUCUUCAGAGCACGCGGCUCAUCCGAAAAAUGGGCUACUCGGCUCCCAUUGUGGCGCUGACGGCCUUCUCCGAGGAGAGCAACGUCAAGGACUGUCUGGAGUCUGGCAUGAACGAGUUCUUGGCCAAGCCCAUCCGCCGCCCUGCACUCAAGCAAGUUUUGAAGAAGUUCGCCACGAUACCCGAGGAACCCGAAACGGCAUCCCUGACGCGCAAGACAACGCCAGAGAAGAAGCCAUCGCCGCCGAACUCGCCAUCCAUUGUCCCCGAGCCGCCGCUCAUCGUCCCAGAGACGCAGCCACAGACCCCGGAUCCUGACAUCCAGACCAACGGAUCCGCCAAACCCGCAGAACACAUGAAUGGGUCAGCUACAGGCGGCCACGUUCUUCCUGGGGCAGUUGCGACGUGACCGAUCGAGCCUGCCGGCUAGUAUAGUAUAUACUUGCAACUAUCGCUCUUGAUCGGAUCCGUGUCCGCAUCCCUAGCCUGAGGCCACGCUCUCCCAUAUAGGCGCCACGCCGUCGGUCUAGAUGGCGAUGAUCACCGAGGUCCACACCGGAUAUCUCUCCUUUCCGACGCCUCCACCGAUAACACAACAUAGGGAAAAAGCAGGACCUGUGUUCACAGAGGCCCAACCUUUCUGUCACGAGAGGCGUGUCAUCUGUAUUUUGUUUGGUAGAUGGGGCGUUUAGCAUACACGUUUGAAACCCCAUGUUUAACUGGCCCUCGGGGAACCUUGGGGGCAUACGUCGCUUUCUCCGCUGUUGUGGGCAUACAGUUUGGUUUGUUUUCUACUUUUCUCACCACCCGGGCGUGCACUCGUUUGUCUCGGUUGUCCUUUUUGGGGGUGCGAGGCAAGGUUUCUCGGAAAAAAUCAGGGAUUAUGGAGCGGUAUACUUGUUUUUCAUCAUUAUCGGCGGCACCUUUUGUGUUUUUCUCCUUUUUUACAUCUCUACAUCCUUUUAGUACCUUCUUGGGCGGUCAUCGGCUGUUGGUCUGACUCGCAUUCCCUUUGGUGGCCAUGCUUCUCAGCCCCUAUUUUCCGU